CCUAGCAAGAUUUCCCCUCCCUUCCCCAUUUAAUCUCUCCGCAAGUGAAUGGUUGAAUUGGAAGUCCACGCAGCCAAAAAUUCCUGCCGCAGUCCUGGAUAGAAAACUAGAAAGGAAAGUCACAGCAGCCAAUUCUGGUUUUAGUUCCGGUUUAAAACACCGACACCGAGGCCACCAGAAAGACACACGCGCACAUACACACACUUGCACGUCCACCAUGGCUCCCCGAGAAUCCGACUCCCUGCUCCCGUACGACGACGACAACAAAAAGCCAGCCCUUGUCGGCCACUUGUCGAUCGCAAGCCGGGGUUGCAACGGUCCCGAAGACCCGGCUCGAGGAGAAGACACGGAACAAGCGAAACAGCUGCCGGCCUGGUUUGGAACCGCCAAAAGCCUCCUGCUGGUCCCGGGAACCCUCCUGUUUGUCUUGGUACUUGCCGGAAGUUUUGGAUCACCCGGGGCCGACCACGGGCUGCGGUCGGGAAUCCACACCCUGGCGGAGGCGCUGGCCAACAAAACGGCGCCCUCGAGCGACGAAAACGCCGAUGGCUCUUACACACUGCACCAGGGAACCGGCCCCUACGCUCUGGUCGAGCGCCACACCGGGAAAUCCUUCUUUGACCACUACGACUUUGCCGACGGGCCCGAUUCGAUCGGAUCGGCGGGAUACAAUACCUACGUCGGCCGCCAUCGAGCCGGGGAACUGGGCCUCGCCAGGGUGGUGCAAGGAGGCAACGACAGCGGCAGCGACAGCGACGAAUACGUCGUUCUCUCGUCGAGGUCCGGGACCACCUUUGACGAGAACGGCAACCGUUACCGGGAAUCCGUCCGCCUGGAGGGCAAGCGCCGCAUCGACCACGGCCUGAUACUCCUGGACGUCGAGAAAAUGCCCACGGGUUGCGGCGUCUGGCCGGCCUUUUGGAGCACCGACGAGGCCCACUGGCCGGACUACGGGGAGAUCGACAUCGUCGAGCCCAUCAACAACCAGGUCGUUGCCAAGACGGCCCUGCACACCUCGGAGGGCUGCGACAUGUUUGCCCACGUGCCGCGGUGGAACUGGACGGGCCACUGGGAUUCCGCCACCGGUCUGCCCGACACCUUUACGGGGGAACCCAAUUUCGACACGGAGGUGCAGGCCGACAACUGCUGGACGAUGACCCCCCACCAGUGGGCCAACCAGGGCUGCGUGGCGAUCCACGAUAAGAACGGGACGAUCGGGGAGCCCAUGAACCAAAACGGCGGCGGGGUCUACGCUCUGGAGUGGGACCCGACGAGCGGCUACAUCCGGUCCUGGGUCUUUCGCCGGGGGGAGAUUCCCCGCAACCUGCAGCAGGCACUGGCCGGCAGCGGAAACCCCCGGCCCGACCCCUCGUCGUGGCCGACCCCCUACGCCUACUUUGCCAUUGGCGAGGGCAGCGGUUGCCCCUCGGAGCACUUUCGCCACCACCGGCUGGUCAUCAACCUGGCCUUUUGUGGGGCGGUCGCCGGAAACCGCUUCGCCAGGGACUGCCCGGCCCUCUACGAGAGGUACAACGUGCGCAACGACUCGGUCGCCACCUGCAAUGCCUACCUGGAGAGCGACGAGGCCCGGGCGCUCCUCGACGAGGAGGCCUACUGGAAGAUCGGGGGGGUCCACCUGUACCAGCGGGAGCACGCGUAGACCGGUCCCCGGUCACCGCAACGCGGGGCACCGCACGCACUGUGCCGCACGGUGACGCACUCCACGACCACCAGGCAGAAGGAACACGAACAGGCGUUGUUCAACUCGACUCGAACUUGCUGCCGAGUCGGGCAUGUCGUGACACGGUAGACCAUCUAUGGACGGGCCGUCCCGGCAAGGAAUCUUCUGUGGAGGAAUAGCAAUCAACCAUAGCGUACAGC